ACAAAAUUGAAACUAAUCAACUGUCUGUUGCAGGAGGCAGUGGGCUGUGUGACACAUGAUUUGCACAGAGAAAAAAGGUGACGCUGCAAGCAAGAAAAUAAAGUAAAAGGGAGGUUGCAAGGCUAACAAUGAGGAAGCAUGGAUGGCAACUUCCAUAUCACCCCCUUCAGGUAGUGGCUGUUGCUGUGUUUCUUGCAUUGGGGUUUGCUUUUUAUGUGUUUUUUGCUCCUUUUGUUGGGAAGAAGCUAUUUCAAUAUAUUGUGAUGGGAAUCUACACUCCUUUGAUUACAUGUGUCUUUGGCCUAUAUAUUUGGUGUGCGGCAGCUGAUCCUGCGGACCCAGGAGUUUUUAGGUCCAAAAAGUAUCUCAACAUUCCACAUGAUAGAAAGCAUGCCCAACAAAAGGAUUCUAAACUAGGUGUAGGUGGGGAGUCAACUUCAUCAAGGCAUGAUGCAAAUGCUUCCACUGUUGCGGGUAAAUAUCUAAAUAAGGGAUCUGAGGUUGCAGAUGCAACUUCAAAAGUCCCUAAUACUGAUUUUGAGCAGAAGAAUGCAACAUCAGGAAAUUCAUCUUGCCUCCUUUGGGCUUUGUUUCCAUGUGCUUUCAUCUGCAAUUUCUGCAGUUCAAGUGAUGAAUCUUCAUCACAACAGACGAGUGAAGAUGGCAUGUUUUAUUGCAGUUUGUGUGAGGUUGAGGUUUUCAAGUAUAGCAAGCACUGCAGAGUUUGUGACAAGUGUGUGGACUGUUUUGAUCAUCACUGCAGGUGGCUUAACAACUGUAUUGGCAAGCGGAAUUACAGACAGUUUUUCACCCUAAUGGUUUCUGCUCUCCUCUUGCUUAUUCUACAAUGGUCGACUGGAAUUCUUGUACUUAUAUGCUGUUUUCUUGAGCGGAAGCGAUUUUCUGUGGACAUCUCCUCCAAAUUAGGAAGCAGUUUCUCUUUGGUACCAUUUGUUAUUGUUGUGGUAUUGUGCACCAUUUUGGCUAUGAUUGCCACUUUGCCUCUUGCUCAGCUUUUCUUCUUUCAUAUCCUCCUCAUUAAAAAGGGAAUCAGCACAUAUGACUACAUUAUAGCUCUAAGGGAGCAGGAGCAAGAGCAACAAGGUGUUGGAGGUCAACGGAGUCCUCAGAUGUCUCCUGCCAGUUCACUUACUGGAUUGAGCAGUGCAAGCUCAUUUUCCACUUUCCACCGUGGUGCAUGGUGUACACCACCUCGCCUUUUCCUGGAAGAUCAGUUUGAUGUUGUUCCUCCGGAGACUGGAUCUGUCAGUUCGUUAGGAAAAAAGACAGUGGGAGAUGAGCCAAUCAGGAAAAAGAACCCCGCAGCAGUAAAGAUCAGCCCAUGGACAUUGGCCCGAUUAAAUGCAGAAGAGGUUUCAAAAGCUGCAGCAGAGGCAAGAAAAAAGUCCCGAAUCCUGCAACCUGUGGUGAGACGGGAAGCCCCAUUUGGGCUAGAAGGCGAUAGUAGCUUUGGCAGCAGUGGCCGUCGGAUGGUCCCAAGGCCUGAUAAUAAUAGAAGGAGAUCUAAUAAGAGAGUACGCCUCCCAGCUGACCUUCCUAUGGAGCCUGUAAACAAGGUUUCUGGUAUGGCUGCUGAGACAGGUUUCUCCGAGACAUCGACAAGUUUGGCCCCUCUUCAGCUCGAGGCUAGAAGUGCUUUCCAAACUAGCCGAGCAAUGUCAAGCUCGGUGGCAAUUGUUGCUUCUUCUCCAGAAAGCAGUUUAGACUCGCCAGAUAUCCACCCAUUUCGUGUUUCCUCAUCAGGUGCUGAAGAGUCUAGGAGGCUCACAGGUCUAUCAGUUGCAGGUGCUGCUUCUCACGGUGGAAUCCCACUAUCCAGGUCCACUAGUGAUGGAUAUGAAGCGUCUGGUGGGGAAGAUAGUGACAGGGUUCCUUCCAGGCUUGUCCAAAGGUCGACAAAUUGGAGUAACCUUCUCUUCCGUCCUGAUCAGGAUGAUACUGUUCUUAGAUUGAAAGCAUCAUCAUCUUCAUCUAGCCUGGCUAACAAUAGAAAGCUUUGACUAUGAGUCAAUGAUGAAUGAAGAUUGGUUCAUUUUGAUUUCAUUAAGGGGAAAAGCUCUACAUUCUUUCAUUUUUGGGCCACAAUAUUUGGGGGACUACUAGACUAACAGGCCAUUCAAGUUACUCGUUGAUUUGGCAUUUAAGUUUGGAAUGUGGAAUCAGGAUUUCAUGUGGAGGACAUGACAAUGGUGUAAAGAGGUUCAAAGUGUUUUGUGUUUCUUGAGCAGCAACCCCAGAUUUCAUGAGAUUUCAUUGCAGCCUUUGGUCCCUGGCUCAUGCAUUUGGGACUCACAAGAUGACAAAUUUGUUGUGUUGUUUAUAUUGCUCUCUCAAUUGUAAUCUCUCUUGUUGGUCUUUUAUUAGAAUGAAUUCCUAUGAAUGGCUUUUAUUGAAUAUUCUACUUUUACCCUCUCCAAAGAGCUUUGCCCAUUUUAAUUUUCA